AUGGCGACAUCGGUGACUGAAAACUCUGAUAUAUGGUCCAACUCUGGGGCCGUAAACAGAGGGCCAGGACAUCCCCUGUGGCCCUCCUCAUUGCCCCGGAGGCCCCAGAGAGAAAGCCAGGCCCCGCAGCUGAAGUGCAGAGGGCUGCCUAACCUCGGACAGACCUGCUACAACUCCACCCUGCAGUGUCUGUUGGCUCUGCAGCCCCUCUGCAUCCAGCUGCUCCUGCAGGAGGAGACAUGGAGGCAGGAGCCCUCAGCACUGCUCCUCAGCUCCUUUGUGGGUCUCUGGUGCCUGAGGGCAUCCACGGACAGGGAGCUGAAGGCGGCAGUGCUGAUGGAGCUGAAGGACUGCAUCGCCCUGCGCAACCGUGAAUUCGAGGGGAACUCACAGAACGUGAGAACACACACAUAUCUAGGAACUAGGAACUUAAGCAAUUCUCAUGUAGGCUGCUUCUGAAGAAAUUGUAAGCCGUAUCAUUGCAAGGCUCAACGUAUGUAAACUUGAAUAUGCAUUUCCUGAAGGAAAUACCAGUGCAUACGAUGCAAAAGUUAAGAGUUAAAAAUGAAUACUAGAAUAUGCAUUUCCUGAAGGAAAUACCACUGUAUGCAAAGGAAAAGUAGAAGUGGUUGCUAGGAUGGUGCUAUGGUAAUUCAAGUAGUUGUUAAGGUGUUGCUAGGUUGAUACAGGGCAUUUCAUGCACUGUAAAUAUGUAUGUGCAUUUCUGUUCAUGUCGACAUGUUUUAUGUCUGUAUGCAUCUGUGUGUUUGUCAUACAUGUGCUUGUGUGUGUGCAGGACGCCCAUGAGUUCCU